AUGGAAUCUACGAAGUAUUUGAAGCUGCUUCAAAAACAUUCAUCUGAGUCCAUUCUCUGUGUAAAUGAAAGGAAGCUUAGCUUUGCAGAGUUGGGCACAGGUCCUUUUGUUUUAGCCUUUGCAAUCUUCAAAAUUGAGGAUGUGGGGACCCUGCCAUAUCAUCAUGUUGGCAACUUUAGGAUUGCAGACACAUUUGCCAUUUUAUUGGAAGGAUGGGAAAAGGAAGGGAACGUGGCUAAGGCGAAGACCACCUUUGGGGAGAUGGUGAUUGGGGUGGGUUGGAGCCCACAGUACAUUUCUCCUUAUGAUGCAUUCUGA